ACCCAGAGCAAAAGAGCGGAAAACCAGAAAGGACCAAAGAGAGGAGGUCCAAGUGGAUACCUGUUGCUGAGAACUGAGUCUAGACGCCAGAAGAACCUUCCAGGCUGCGACUCACAGUUCUAGCACUGCCUAGGAGAUCGUGGUGGCCCCAGCUUAGAAUCUGCAGAAGCACACAGCUCCAUCCAUACCACUCAGGGUAUGGAGCCUCUGGACCAGUCUAGCCAGGAUAUCACCAGCUUGCUCAGCCUUGGAGUCGACUAUGAGAAGGAACUACAGGAUAUGAAUGCUGCGGUGCUGUCGCCUACUGAAGAGUUCAAAGAGGAGGAAGAGGAUGCACAGUCUGAGCCUGGGCAAGGCACAGCAGCAGCAGGAGAAGAGUCAAAGUUGGCAGGAGCCCAAGGCGGAGAAGAAAAAGAUGGCGGCGGCGGCGGCGGCGCAGGAGCUCCUGGCCGCCUAUGGAAAGAAAACCGCGAGGGCAGCAGCGGCAGCGGUGGCGACGAUCAGGACAGCCACCAGAGCGAGAAGGAACCCAGACAGCAGGAUUCACUCCCACCGGGCGCUGUCGGGGGGCUGGAGCCUGGCAACGCGCAGGAGCCCAGCGUCCACAAAUUCACCCCCUUGCAAAACAAAGAAAAGCAAUCUCAGAUGCUCUAA